CUCAGUACUUACUUGUCUCUCUACUUCAUUCUUCUCUUACAUAUUAUAGAAUUUAUUCUUGCAACCUCUGAUGCUUUGGUAACUUUCUUUAUAUAUAUAAUCUGCCUUAAUUUUCUCUUAGUUAUACAAAACGUGAUCAAUCAAAGACGACAAGUACAACAAUGCAUUCUCAACCACCUCCCGUAGGCUAUGGAUUCCAUCCAACCGAUGAAGAAUUGGUGACCUAUUACUUGAGGUUAAAAAUGCACGGUGGCUAUGAACAAGAAGUCAGCAUAAUCGCAGAGGCUAAUGUGUGCGAUCAUGAGCCUUGGGUUCUGCCUGAGCUUUCAGCAAUUCAAGAGCCAAACGACCCAGAGUGUUAUUUCUUCUGUCCUCGCAGUUACAAGUACGCAAAUAGCCACCGGGCUAAUAGGACAACUCAAGCUGGAUACUGGAAAGUCACAGGCAAGGAUCGUGUAGUCAAGGCUAAAACCACCAAGGAGCAUAUUGCUACCAAGAAGACUCUGGUUUUCUACACGGGGCGUGUUCCUAACGGGAUCAAGACCAAUUGGGUCAUGCACGAGUAUCAUCCAACAUUCACCUUCCAUAACCAGAGGGAUUUCGUUCUCUGCAAACUGAAGAAAGAUCCAGAUGCGAUCAUGCCAACAUAUGAAGAAGGUGAAGCAAGCUUCAAUGUGACUUCUGAUCAUUCUGAAAAUCAAAACCCAACUGAGUAUAAUCAUCCCCAAACCUUUGAAGAAGGUGAAUAUGGUGCCCGGAACAACGAGCCAGAGGAAGAUACUUAUGAACUCCAGGCACAACUGGACUCAUUCCGUGGCUAUGAUGAGGGAUGUUAUAGCCUGGACUCUGCCCUAAAGUUUCCAUACGGCGAUAUUUACUGA